AAAAGGAAGUGAUAAUUUCCGACGGCUUAAAAGUUAAAAUUAGACCGGAAAAACAAGUAAUAUACGGCGAAUUGUCAGAAAUUGUUUUGACUAAUUUUUGCGAUAGUUUGGAGGCUACUUUGGAUCAAAAUGGGAGUUAUCAUUUAUUUCCUGAUUUUGCUAAAUAUCAAGAUUUUGACGAAUUAUUUAACGGACGAGAAUUGACCCUAAUGGUUUGUCCCGAAAAAUUGUUUGAUGGGGAAAGUUAUAGUUACCGGGAGUUGUUAUUAGAAAAAGUGGGCGAGUUGGCUAAAAGAAAUGCCGAACGGGAAAAUAAAUUGAAUGGGCAACCGCCAGGUAAAGAAAAGCAGGAUGAGAAAUCAGCCCAAAGAGCGGUAGAGGAAAAAAAUAACGAAAUUUUACAAUUAAAAAGACGUUUGGAAUUGUUGGAGGAGUCACGGGCAGAGAUGGUGAGUGCGAGAGAAGGAGAAAUUGAAGAAUUGGAAAAGAAAUUAAAAAAUAAGAAUGAGGAG